AUGGAUAAAGCUCCACAUAUGCCAAAGAGAACCUCAAGUUUUCAUUCCGGAUCUUUUCCUGUAGUUAACUCGUCCGACGAUCAUAUCUUCUCCAGCAAUGUAGAGGACUACGAUAUUAAUACAAACAGUCCUAUAGGUUAUGGUGCAUCUGCUAUUGUUUAUGGUGCUUUAUAUAAACCAUUGAAUAAAAGGGUUGCCGUUAAAAUGAUAGAUCUGGAUUUCUUUGAGCGAAAUCAAAUCGAUGAAGUUAGGAGAGAAACACAAUUAAUGUCUCUUUCAAAACAUACGAAUGUGUUACGUGUUUAUGGCUCGUUUGUAAACGAAUCAAAGCUUUAUAUUGUUACUCCUUAUAUGUCAGCUGGUUCAUGCUCGGAUAUAAUGAAGACCACUCAUCCCGAUGGUUUCGAAGAACAAGUAAUAGCGGCUAUUUUAAAACAAGCCCUUCUAGGAUUGGAUUAUUUGCACAAAAAUGGACAUAUUCACAGGCAAGCUAUAAUUAACUUAAAAGAAAAUGUUAACAAAGACGUAAAAGCCGGAAAUCUUCUUGUAGACGAAGAUGGAUCAGUUCUGCUUGCUGAUUUUGGUGUAUCAUCUUCUCUAACAGAAAAUGGUGAUAGAAGAGGUUUUCGAAGAACUUUUGUCGGCACACCAUGUUGGAUGGCUCCAGAAGUUAUGGAACAUGCAGGAUAUGAUUAUAAAGCCGAUAUCUGGUCCUUUGGGAUUACUGCGCUUGAAUUAUCUACUGGACAUGCACCUUUCGCCAAAUUUCCGCCCCUUAAGGUAAUCAUGGUUACACUUUCUAACGAUCCUCCUACUCUUGAUAGAGAAUCAACAAAGCAUAAAUAUUCAAAGACAUUUAAGGAAAUGAUCGAUAUGUGUUUGCAAAAGGAACCAACUAAGCGUCCAUCUACAGAAAAAUUGCUAAAUCAUCCGUUUUUUAAACCUGCUAAGAGAAAAGAUUUUUUAGUGAGUAAAAUAUUGCAACACUUGCCACCUUUGGAAGAAAGGCCACAUAAAAUUCAACAAAAACCCAUAACAUAUAACAAAGGAGUAACAUGGGAUUUUGCGGUUGAUAGUGAAUACCGUGAAAAUGAUGAUCAAGACUCGCAAGAAGCAAAUGACGGUACAUCAGAAGGAAAGCGAGUUGAAUUUUCUGUUAUUGGUGAAAAUAAUGAUGCUUCCAAAACAGAUUCGAGUGCUGCAGUUGUACCACAAAAAAAGUCGCGGUUCCAGGUUGGAGAUGCUGUUACAGAAUCAAAUAAACCUUUAUCUUUAUCCGUACCUUCGACUCCUUCAGCUAUCUCUGUUCCUUCCCAAAAUCCAUUAUCUAAAUCCCAGCCUCCUUCUGCUGGAACAAAUUUUGUAUCUAAUCCAUUUUCGUCAGGAGAAAAGGAUGAACAGAAUGCUCAACGUAUACAACCUCAUCAAUCACAAGGAAUUAAAAAGGGAAGAUUUAGUGUUGAAAGUAAUGGAAUUAGGGAAAGAACUUUUUCUUCCGGAACUCUACCUGAAUCCGAUAAUCAACUUCUUCCUCGGUCUAAGGAGUCUAACGAGAAUUUAACAGAAAGUAAUAAGAAGAGCAGAUUCGAAGUCCAACAGCCUUUGGAUAUUACAUUGACAUCAUCGUCAGGUUCUCAAAUUUUUUCUCGAGAAAGUUCUGUUCAUUCACUUUCUCGUGAUUCAACAUUGUCAAAAGGUGAUACUUUAUUAACCAAGGAAGGUACUAUUAAUGGAGGAUCCUUAGAUGUGCAAACUAUGGAAAAGGCUCCAGAAAAACCUGUGGGUACCAAAAAAGGAAGAUUUCAAGUAUCCAGUGUUGAUGUACCACCAAAGAUAGAUGGGUCAAUAUCUCCAUCAGGUAUAGAGAAAGUUGGAAAUGAAUAA